UUUCGUAGGCCACGUGUAACUCUCGCUGUUACACCAUGAGCGUUCAUGCAUUUUUUCUGUCAACCGAAGGAAACUUCAGGCGUUCUCCAUAAAAUUCUUCAGACAGUGCCACUUCCGCAUCGCAGUGACGGUCAUGCUUUGACGUGUGUGGGGAACGGACAUCGUGAACAUGGGUCAUUCCAUGAAAACGAAAUCUUAUUUCACUGAGGAAGUCCCCCUUUCCUUGAAUUCGUUUGCGACAGUUGUGGCAUGACGAGCAUCAGACCUCUUGGAUGCCUGAAACGUGCCAGGAAAUUCCGAGUGAUGAAGUGCUUGGUAACUGCUUGUAAUUCAACGAAUGGUUCCGGGCAUUCUACGAUGAAUCUUACUUCGAAACUUACGGUACCCGUGAAGGGUCGUAGGUACUUCUUCACCCCAUGCUUGCUGUUUCUUCUGGGUUUCGCUGGAAUUACGACGAUAUUCAUCGCCGUUGUUGAAGUCGUGAUGCACGCUGGAGGAGAAAUCGAUUCACCUGGACGGGUUGCAGAAACCAAUGAAGCACUCCACUACGCCGUCGUAAUAGAUGCAGGAAGUAGCGGAAGUAGAGCUUAUUUGUACACGUGGCCUGCCCAUUCUGGUGACCGAUCGACAUUGCUUGAAGUGCAGCCGUUGCGUAAUGGCAGUGGAAUACUGUUUCCCGAAAGCGAAGGAAAUGCAGGAGAACCAUUGCACAUGAUGAUCACGCCGGGAUUGUCGUUCACUGCGACGGACCCGUCCAAGGCAGCGGAGUAUUUCUAUCCUCUUCUCGAUUUUGCUCAACAGCACAUACCUGUGAAUAAGAUCUCGGAAACUCCGUUGUACAUUCUGGCUACUGCCGGAAUGCGUUUAUUGAAAACCAGCGAGCAGCAGGCGAUCCUUCACCAUGUUCGUCGAGGCAUUCCAAAGCGCUACAGCUUUUUCUUUCCACCCGGAAAUAUCGAAAUCAUAUCUGGACGUCAGGAGGGUGUCUAUCAAUGGAUCGCGAUGAAUUUCGGCAUGGGGCUCCUGGCGAACCCACGAUUUAAAAAUGUUGCGAGACGAGAAACUGUUUUGAUUGAGAAUCCCGUAGAACCCGAUCGACAUCUGCACCGCGUCCCGACGUCCGGUAUUCUCGACAUGGGCGGAGCAUCCUUGCAAAUCGCAUUUGAAGUUUCGUCGUCGGAUGAAGUGGAAAAAAUAAGGGAAAAGGGGCCGAUGGAAAGUGAAAUACUGCAUGUAAAUCUUGGUCCGUUCGACGACGACCCGACGCAUUUGUAUCGUGUGUUCGUGACAACAUACCUUGGCUUUGGAGCAAAUGAGAAAAUGGCGCAUCAUCGUGAGCGACUCAUCACUACUGCCCUGAACUCGUCGAAGGUUCAUUUUAGCCAAAUUGAGGGUAUGAAUAAGAAUGCUCCGAUUCGUGAUCCCUGUUUGCCAUCCGGCCUGGAGAUUACGGCUACGGUCAAGCCCUCCGAAUUUCUACCGAAGAAAACCGCGCAGCUAUAUUUUGGUCAACGGAACGAAGAUGCUAAGGGAAAACCAGAUUUACCAAAGAAUUCUUCCCAAGCUUCCAUCAAUUCUCACAAGCGUUCUUCUGUUGCUGUUCCCGAAGAAGUAACGGUAUACUUCACUGGAUCCGGGGAUUUCGAAACCUGUUUGAAGUCUUUGCAACCUUUGACUAGCAAAUGGCGGCGGGAGGAUAAAGCGUGUGUCGAAGUUCUGAACUUCUUGAAGCUCAAUGCAGCAAAGCAUCAUAGGAAAGAUCGUGAUACUGCGGCAUUCAAAUGCAAUCCACGGCCCAUUAUGACGCCUCCGGGUGUGACACUCUCGCAUAGAUCUUUUUAUGGCUUUUCCGAGUUCUGGUACUCUUCGGAAGAUGUUCUCCGACUCGGUGACAGAGCCUAUGAUCGGAAAACAUUAGGAAACGCAGUGAAGACUUGGUGUGAAACGGAUUGGGAUUCCCUUUGGGAUCGGUUCAAGAAGAAACUCUACCCAAACAGCGACGAGUCGAGGAUGAAAGAUGAAUGCUUCAAAGGAACUUGGGUACUUGUUGCUCUUCACGAUGGCCUAGGAUUUCCUGAAGAUUACGGAAAUCUGAAAACACUUCCGAACGUUCGAGGAGAUCAAGUUUUCACCUGGACGUUGGGAGCUGUUCUGCACAAAAUGCGCCGUUUCCCGCUCAGAGCGAUCGAACUUCGAGAGGCGCAAGUUUCCAAGCUGAUCCACCCGCGCUAUGUGCACUCAUUCUGGAGCAUGUUCCACUUGCACAACUCGUUCCUCGUUGUCUGCGUUAUCUUGGUGAUUGCUGCCAUAUUCUUCCAGCUGCAACGUCUUUUGAAGCCUUUGUGGAGUCCGGCGACGUCACCCCGUCCGUUCGACGACGCGUGGAUACCCAUGUUGCGACACUCAAUGUCAGCUGCCAAUCUCGACGCCGAAGUCGCUUCGGAGUCCUACUUACUUCCCGCAGCGAGGAGGAAGAUGCCGCAUUCUGCGACAGUGGCGUGGUUUGGGAAAUUGUCGCCAGGCUCAAGUAGUUGGAGAGAAUGAUGACUGUGAUACGUGAUGGUUAUGGGGAAAUCAUCGGUUGCUUUUGUAAGCGUGAGGUUACUUUUUGCAGUUUCAGUCGAGUAAGAAUUUCGCCGCCAGUUCCCAGUUGUGUGUCGAUGGAUCUGGUGCGGAAACGUAAUUAAUAGUUCAUUUUAUUUUCUUGCACGCUACUUGAUUAGAUAAUCUCAACGCGAAAAAAGUACCUCUUGUGAUUUUAGACUAUUUAGAGUUUAAAAAAACGAAAUACAGUAGUUCAUAAUUUGUUUCAGUUCAGCCGUCCAUGAACGUAUUCAUCUUAUGGAUGAGUAUUCGCUUGUGACGAUUCUCGGAUUGAGGGUUUGCUUCAAUGAUAAGCUUAGUCGAUUGCCGUUGUAGUACUACUUCUACGCGGACACUACCAUCGUUUAUGCAACUGCCACCUCAUUUAUCAGUACCUGUAUCGGAAAUUUUGAAGUUUUAUAAGCUUCGAUAAUUCUGACUGCAUUUUACUGAUGUAGUAAUAUGACUGAUUAAUUUGGGCUUCUAAAGUUCGCUUUUUGACACUUCGCUUUAGUAAAUGCAGAAUUUUCAACUUUGUUAGCUUAGCGAGUGACCACAGCUUAACGAGGAACCAACACAUAUGUUUAAUGAAAACGGAAACCGAAAAAUCGCGACCACAUUUGAUAUUUCUUUUCUUAGUGUGGAUUUCUGAAAUACCCCUCGCCUCCUUUUUUCCUCGGUCAAAUAUUUAAAGAAUUUGGCCCUACGUGUAUCUUCGUAGGCGAAUGGUAUCUAGGUACUCCUACUGUCAAAAUAGUAAUGCCCGGAGUAAAUUUCGAGCAAAGAUCAGUCCGUACUUGAUGGUAUGUUUGUUCUGAAAUAUUUGAAUGUUCAAUUUUUCAAGUUCGAUCGUAUAACUCUCGUUAUUCUUGCCAACUCUGAGUUGAAUAAAUAGGAAUUUAAUGUCCGAACAAAUCUGGCAGGAUGCCAUGAAAACGGUAGUAGAUGUUUUACUGCAGCUUUGGUAGUCAGACGGUUAAAUGCAGAGAGAAGAGGUUAACGCACUGGUAGCUUUACGGUGAGGGUUCUGCUGGUGGGCUUCAACAGAAAUUUUACUCAGGAUAUGAUGUAUCAAUCCUUGUAUUUUGGUUUUCCGGGGUUGGUGCGUUACUGCAAAAGGUUACCUUGACUUGAACGUCAUCUUUCGAAUUGGCACAACGUGUUUGGAGAACCGUAUGGUUUACAGAUUUGGGUAUGAAGUGUGCACCUGGUGAUGUGGAAUUGCGCCUGGUUUCUAGUCUCAUUUUAAGAUUCUAAAUUUUGUCUUUUUUGCGGUUAUUCGUGUUUUCUUGAUAUCCUGGUAAGUCCAACUGUGAUGAGGAUUCGGACAUCAGAACAAAUUUACCUUGACAUGGGAUUUAUUUGAUGGGAAACGAACUCAUGAACUGUAUCGAAGCGGUUAGUCAUGUAAUGUACGUUUCGGAUAUUUUUAUUUUUCAGUAUUAUAGUUGCCAGUUGGUUUUUUUUUGUCAUCUCUACUUCGCGGCGAUCAGAAAUUCCUAAUUUUGAACCUGCUCCAAGUUUCUAAUUUUUAAUUUGAUUCUUUGUCGACUUCCAAUGGAGCGUUACAUCCGAUUUCCGUGUGUCUGGCGAAGCUGGACUGGUGAUCAUCGAAUCUUGUUCUUGUUACCAUUUUAUUUGCCACCCUUUCAAAGUAAUUGCAGUGCGAUUUGUCUUGAAAACUUUCGGCGAGUUUGACAACUCGAAAUUAUCUUUCCAGAUUGCUUGGAUUGUCUCCGCAGAUGGGAAUGAAACGUUUUAUUUCUUGA